CAUCCACAAGUAGAGGGAAAUGGAGACAGUGGGGAAAUUUGAGUACAGCAUGAAAGAUGUCCUAGGACAAGGUGCAUUUGGUAUGGUAUUUAAGGGAAGGCACAAAGAGAAAAACGGUGAAGUUGCCAUCAAAUGUAUACACACGAAAAACCUCUCUUUUGAUCAAACUUACUGGACACAGUUAGACAGGGAGAUACAGAUUUUAAAGGGGCUGAAACAUGACAAUUUUGUGAGAUUGUAUGAUUUCCAGAAAACAUCUAGUUGUGUCUAUCUGGUGAUGGAGUACUGCAAUGGAGGGGAUCUGGCAGACUACCUGAAAUCCAAAGGGCCCCUAAAUGAGGACACAAUCCGUCUGUUCCUGCUGCAGAUCACAUCUGCCAUGAAAGUGCUGCAGAGCAAGGGAGUCAUCCACCGAGACCUCAAACCACAGAACAUCCUGCUGGCCCUUACAGGAGGGGACAAAUCCAACCCCAGAAACAUUCGCUUGAAGAUUGCCGACUUUGGGUUAGCCAGAUUCCAGCCAACCAAUAUGAUGGCACUUACAAUGUGUGGUACUCCUCUGUACAUGGCUCCUGAAGUUAUAAUGGCCAAGACCUAUGAUGCAAAAGUUGAUCUAUGGAGUAUAGGAAUCAUAGUGUACCAAUGUCUGACUGGCCAGAUCCCAUUUCAGGCUAGCAACCCUCAAGAGCUCUGUCGCCUCUUUGAGAAACACAAGAACUUGACUCCCAACAUCCCACAGGGGAUCUCCACUCACUUGCGCCACCUACUGUGCGGGCUGUUGCAGUGCAAUCCUAAAGAUCGCAUUGAAUUUGAUACAUUUUUCAGACACCCAUUCCUCGGAGUGAGCUCACCCAAGAAAAAUUCAAAAGAAGCUGCCAUUCAAAGUCGACAGGCUCCAGAGCCAAAGACCAGAGCUGACUUUUUAAAAUAUUACUGUCAGCUCACACUGGACCCCAACACAGCACAUAGAGAGCUCUGUCUGUCUGAAGGGAACAGAAAGGUAACACGACGGAGAGAGGUCCAGCCAUAUCCUGAUCACCCAGAUAGAUUUGACAUAUUGUACCAAGUGCUUUGCAAAGAGGGUUUGUCUGGGUCUCCCUGCUACUGGGAGAUUGAGUGGAGUGGCAGGGAGGGGGUAGAUAUAGGAGUCGCAUAUAAAGGAAUCGACCCGAAAGGAGAGGACAUUUCCUUUCAGCUUGGACACAAUAACAAGUCCUGGAAAUUGUUCUGCUGUGAUUCCAGGUACUCUGCCUGGCAGAAUAACAAUGCAUCUGAAGUAAAAUUAUUCUGCUCCCCCAGAAUAGGGGUGUAUCUGGACUUUACUGCUGGCACGCUAUCAUUUUAUGGAGUCUCUGGAGACAAAAUGACCCCCCUGCACAGAUUCCAAACCACAUUUACUGAGAAACUCUAUCCUGGGUUUUAUAUUUAUUCUGAUUCCAGUGUAAGAGUCUGCAAGCUGAAGUAGCCAUCUGUUUAGUGUUUGAAUGAAGAGGUUCAUUUCUGAGUGAAUUUCUGUUGACUUUCUUUUUUCUGCAUAGCAAUGGCUUUCAGUGGAAGGUUGCUGGACUCUCAAGCUUAGUAAAACUGUCUCCCACAAUAAGAAUGUGUACUCACUUCCACAGCAUCUUCUUAUCACAAGGACUGGUGUCAGCUAGUUUGUAACUUAUCUUGAGGAAGAAGUUUUGAAGUCACAACACUCUUUGUCUUGCAGAACUUUCUGUUCAAACCUGUGAUGUGCUUUUAGUACACACCUAUUCUUUGCUUAGUAUCACCACUAACAUGUUUAUAUGUGCUUGUAUUUGUAGUCAGCUUUAAGACAGUUUGUACACUGUUCUUCCCUGGUGCAUUGAAUAAAGUACUUUGUAGUUGGUAACCUGCCUGGGGUCCUGAGUCUCUUUGAGUAGCGGAGAAGAAAUCCACUACAUUGAAGAAACUUUCAUUUUUCUCUUUCUGUUUUUUUAAAACGGGUGGCGUGGUGGUUAGCGCUGCUGCCUCACAGUGCCAGGGUCCUAGGUUCGAUUCUUGCCUAGGGAUCUGUCUGUGUGGAGUUUGCAUGUUCUCCCAAUGUGUUCACAUUGUGGGUUUUCUCCAGGUACUCCAGUUUCCUCCCACAGUCCAAAGACAUGCUGUUCAGAUUGAUUGGUCACUCUAAAUUGCCCUCUGUGUGUGUGUGUGUGUGUGUGUGUGUGUGUGAGGGACCCUCUGUGGCUGCUGGUUGAUAAUAUUGAGAUAUCAAUAUGUUUAUAUUGUAAUGAUAUUUUAUUUUAAAUGUAAGUAGGAAUAUAUUAUUAUUGCUAUUACACUGGCAUACAAAUACAUUUGCAGGCUGAUUUAAUACCAAUAUCAAUGUGGUGCUAAUAUGUUGAUCUCGUAUUAUCAUUGUAUUUACAGUUACAAAAUAAAUAGUAAUAUCAUCAUAUCAAAAUAGUCAAAAUGAAAUAAAAUCAAAAUAAAACACAAACUACAAAUAAGUAUAACCCUAAUCCAUAAUAGUUUGGGCUGAGAAAGUAAAAUAUGUCUCAAUAGAAUAUAAAAAUCAAUACACUAAUGGAUCUAAUGUGAAACGAUCUAAUAUUUUAAAUAGACACAUUGAAUAUCCUGGUGAAUCCUUAUCGUCUAGGGUAGCUACAAAGAAAUGGUUCAAACCCUUACCUGCUUCCCAGUCCUUUCUGUCUCAACUGAGACUAUAUCAUGGCUCUUGUGUUCCUUUUCUGUACAGAGCCAGCAAAUACACGUCUGAUCAGUUCUGCAGAACCCCUCCAAAACCUUUUGGUGUUCAGCACAAAGCUUCUGCUCCAGAUUUCCAAUUGCAUUGAUCAGCUUGUAACCUCACUGUGUGGCUUGACGUGUGUUUCACAGUAAGAGGCCAGGCACGUCAAACAGGAUUUCACAGCUUUGAACUUUCUCCCAGUGCAGAAAUCACACGGCACA